CCGGGCCCGCCGCUGCGUGCGGGGAGUUUGCGGGAGCGGGUUGCCCCGCUGUCCGGGCAGCGAAGGGGGGGCGGCCGCCAGCCGGGGCCAUGGAGGGGCUGGGAGCGGCGGGGGGGCUCCUGCUGGCCCUCCUCCUCCUCCUCCUCCUGGUUUUCGGCCUGUACUGCGGCUACUUGGGAUAUAUCCACGCCAAGUACGACCACAUCCCCGGCCCCCCGCGGGAGAGCUUUUUGUUUGGACAUCUGCCAAUCUUCUGGAGAAUGCUGAGGAAGCAGGAGUUUAUGCAUGAUCUCUUCCUGCACUGGGCAGAGAAGUACGGACCUGUUGUACGGUUUAAUGCCUUUCACAGAGCGUCAGUAAUGAUUCUGAGUCCUGAAGGAGUGAAGGAGUUCUUGAUGUCACCUCAGUACCCAAAGGAUCGGUUGAUUUAUGGUCGUAUCUGCAACUUAUUUGGUGAGAGAUUUAUAGGGAAUGGCUUGGUAACUGUUUGCAACCACGAGCAUUGGCACAAGCAGCGGAGGAUAAUGGAUCCAGCUUUCAGCCGAACCUACCUGAUUGGUCUGAUGGAAACUUUUAAUGAAAAAGCAGAGGAGCUGAUGGAGAAACUAGAGGAAAAGGCAGAUGGAAAAAAAGAGUUUAGCAUGCUGACGAUGAUGAACCGAGUGACUAUGGAUAUCAUUGCAAAGGUAGCCUUUGGCUUGGAACUAAACGCACUGAGCGAUGACCAGACGCCUUUCCCUCAUGCUGUGACCAUGGUUUUGGAGGGAAUGACCAAGCAGCGCAUCCCCUUCAUACGGUACAUGCCAGGGAAACAGAAGCUGGUCAGGGAGGUGAAGGAGAGCGUGAGGCUGCUGCGGCGUGUGGGGAAGGAGUGCAUUGACCAGAGGAGAGAGGCCAUCCAGAAUGGGAAGGAAGCCACACUGGAUAUUCUUACACAGAUACUGAAAGGAGAUGCUCUGGAAGAAACUAGAGAUGAUGAAAACAUUAUUGAUAACUUUAUCACUUUCUUUGUUGCAGGUCAUGAGACCACUGCCAAUCAGUUGUCUUUUACAGUAAUGGCACUGGGUCAGCAUCCUGAAAUACUGGAAAGACUUCAGGCCGAAGUGGAUGAAGUUCUUGGUGCCAAGAGAGACAUUGACUAUGAGGAUCUUGGCAAACUCACAUACUUAUCACAGGUUCUGAAGGAAUCUCUGCGGCUGUACCCACCUGUCCCAGGCACCUUACGCUGGUUGAAGAAGGAGCACGUCAUCGAUGGCAUCAGAAUUCCUGCAAACACCACACUUUUUUUCAGCACUUAUGUAAUGGGAAGGAUGGAAAGGUAUUUCAAGGAUCCACUGACUUUCGAUCCAGACCGAUUUAGCAGAGAUGCACCUAAGCCAUAUUACUGCUAUUUUCCAUUCUCUCUGGGACCCCGAUCCUGCAUCGGGCAGGCAUUUGCACAGAUGGAGGCGAAAGUGGUGAUGGCAAAACUGCUGCAGAGGUUUGAGUUCCAGUUAGUACCAGGGCAGAGUUUUAAGCUCUUGGAAGCUGGAACCUUUAGGCCACUAGAUGGAGUAAUGUGUAAAUUAAAGCCAAGGAGCUCUGCGAGAGGCUGCCAGGUGUGAACUACUCAGGAGAGAAUGACAUGGUAACGAUUUUGAAGAUCUUCACACUUACCAAAGGUUAGAUUUUACUGGCCCCUUUAGAGGAUUACUAGACUGAAACUUUUCCUACUCUUCCUCAUAAUUUACUAAAGAAAACCUUAGGAGACUCACUCUAGAUAGGUUUGAGCAUCUUCAGUCUGGAAGCAUAUCUGGAAUUGCAAAGCCUGUUAUUUUUCUGAGGGGCUAUCUGGUUCUGACCAGACUUAGAAAAGAAUAUCCUCUCACUGGAGUAUCCCUGGAGCUUCACACAAACUUGCACUCAAAUCCCAGCUGAUAAUUUCCACUAAGUUUUCUUACGAGACAUGGUCUAAAUAAGCCCUUGUUGAGGGACUUUCUUAUUUACACAAUGAAAUCAGAAAACUUAAUAGAGCACAAGAUUCAGGCUGAACUUGGGAAGAGAAGAUUGGAGAUAAUUCUCUUCAUCAAAGCAAUUUUCUCAUCAGUGCUCUAAAUUAGGAGAACUAUUGAUAGGAGCAGUCAGAAACAAACAUCAGAGACUGAGGCCACUACCUUUACCUGUUGCUUCUGCCUCAUUUUUAUUCAGUAUCUCCUACUUCAGGUAUUAUUCAGAGUAAAAUCCCAAUCCAUGCUGUUGAGACAGGCUUUCCUGCUUCCUCCUCACAGCCUGUGGUCAUUCUCCUGAGACACUGUUCUUUUGGGGGAGUUUUGCUGGUUUAUUUUAAUGUGGAUCAUUUUCCCCAUCUGGUUUACAGUGAAGCUACACCAACACUUGGACCAGAUGGUCUAGUAGGUACAGCAGGCUUGGAAGUAAGAGCCUGCAACCAAAUGCUACUUAAAGUGAUAUUGCUGCUGAAGAAAUAUGUCUGGAACUUGAGCCAGAGGAAGGAGAAGGUCCCGCACCCUCUUCUUUGGCAGAUGUGCCAAAACAGCUCACCACAUGCAGGCUUGCAGCUGGCUCAGCUAGGGAAGAAAAGUCAUGUGAAAAUGCCAUGUUCCAGAAAUAUGUGGAUACCUAAAAUGAGUUUGGGCCUCACCUGUCAUGAAAUACAGGGAAAUCAAGACAAUUGGUGCUGCCACUGUUAUUUCUUAGCCUUUGGAAUUAAAAGGACAAGAACCCA